UCAAUAUACCAAUAAAAAAAAAACCAAUGUUUCCCUCUGUCAGCACCAAACCGACAUCGGUUUUUAGGACAGCAUUUGAUAUAAUUGACACAGACCAUGAUGAGAAGAUAAGCAGAGAUGACCUCCGAAGGUUCUACGUGGGAUUGUCCAGCGGCGGCGUUGACGUCGACGAUGAUGUUAUAGGGUUUAUGAUGUCUGUGGCGGACUUUAACAAAGAUGGGUUCGUAGAGUACGAGGAAUUCGAGCGUGUUUUGGAUGUUAAUGGAAAGACGAGGGGUUCUAAUAAGGAGGUUUUGGAAGAUGUGUUUAAGCUUAUAGACAAAGAUGGGGAUGGGAAAUUGAGCCGCGAUGAUUUGAAGAGUUACAUGCAGUGGGCUGGGUUUGAUGUCAGCGAUAAUGACAUUGAGACCAUGAUGAAGUUGGGUGGCGGGGAUGACAAGGGCGGUGUAUGUUUUGAUGAUUUUGUCUCUUUGUUUAGCAAUUUUUAGGACUCUUUUUUUUUUAAGAAAAAAAACUUAAUAAGAUUUUUGCCAUUAAUAUAAAAAAAAUUUACAAUGAGUAUUUUUAAUUGAAUAGUUUUAUCUACUUAUUUAUCAUUUUUUUUCUUAUUAAUUUUCUAUUACAUAAAUGUUUAUAUAAGAAAUUGCAAUUUUAUCAGGUGUUUUACCUUCUCUUUG